UCUGUUAGAUAAUACUUCCGGUGUAUCGUGUCAACAACAUUUUACCGAAAAAUUUGGAAUUCCUUGCUUAGUCAUUAAAUAGUCACUCCGAAAUGGGAAAAAUUAGUGUCGGUUAAUAUUUAAGUGUUAUUUGAAUUGAUUUUUGGCUGUAUAAUUGUGUUUACUUUAAGAUAAAAAAUGGGUCUUUUGUUUACAAGACUUUGGAAUUUGUUCACAAAUGAAGAACAUAAAGUGAUCAUUGUUGGACUAGAUAAUGCAGGAAAAACUACAAUAUUAUACCAGUUUUUAAUGAAUGAAGUUGUGCAUACGUCACCUACUAUAGGCAGUAAUGUAGAAGAAGUUGUGUGGAAAAAUAUACACUUUUUGAUGUGGGAUAUUGGAGGUCAGGAGUCGCUACGUUCUGCGUGGAACACGUACUACACAAAUGCCCAGUAUAUAAUACUGGUGGUGGACAGCACAGAUAGAGAGAGAUUAUCAAUUACCAAAGAAGAACUGUACAAAAUGAUGGCAAAUGAGGAUUUGAAGAAAUCAGCUGUGUUAAUAUUUGCAAACAAACAGGAUAUCAAAGGUUCAAUGUCGGCAGCUGAGAUUUCACAGCAUUUAAAUUUGACAACAAUCAAAGAUCACCCCUGGCAUAUACAGGCAUGCUGUGCACUAACAGGAGAAGGAUUGUAUCAGGGACUAGAAUGGAUUACAAAUAACUUAAAGAAACGAUGACCUGUAGUAUAGAUGUUUAGUUAGGAAUUGUUCAUGUAUUAUAUCAAAACUUGCCAGUAAAGGAGGAUGUUAUUAUUGUCCUGGUUCAUAUGGAAGAUCUCAAACAGGAAGAGGAACUUAUUCUCCUUCAAAAUAGGAGAGUAUUUCAGGAAACAGGAAGUUGUUGCCAGUUUUGAAAAACUUGUUCUCUCUGAGUGUAUAGAAAAACUAUAUAUGGAAGGGAAUGUUUGAAGGAUUUUCCUGUCGUUUUAUACUCCUAGAGGGGUGAAAAAUCAAAGUGAGUCUAUAACUGCCAUAACAUGAAGCAGAAAUGUGUCAAAAAAUUGUACAGUCAAUAAUUGCACUGUCAAACACAUUAUUAGGGUAUGCCACCGGUUUUUCACAAAUAAGAACAUUUAUCAUUACCUGAAAAUUCACAUGCUGUGUGAUGUAUAGUCUGUUUCCCCUUAUGUGAUUUUCAUUCUGGUCUCCAUCGAGCAGUGUGAUGUAUAGUUCGUUUCACAUAAUGUGAUUUUCAUUCUGGUCAGCAUUGAGCAGUUUGUUAUAUAGUCGGAUUCACCAUAAAUGAUUUUCAUUCUGGUCUCUAUUGAGCAGUGUGAUUUAUAGUCUGUUUCACAUAAUGUGACUUUCAUUCUGGUCUCUAUUGAGCAGUGUGAUUUAUAGUCUGUUUCACAUAAUGUGAUUUUCAUACUGGUCACCAGUUGAAACGAACCAUGACUUCAUAUCAUUCUGGGAUGAAAUCAGGAAUUUAUGUUUGAAGAUGAGAGAAAGGGUGUAGAAAUGAACACGUUAAAAAGAACGUGGUAUGAUAUGGUGUAGGCAAGUAAUCAUAUUUUGUGUCACGUGAUGUCAUUAAAAUAAUUCGUACAAAACUGAGAAUGUUCUCCACAUUAUAAACAUUUCCACUGGUGUAUGAGAAUAUAACAGCUUUUUAUCAGCCGACGACAAACUGAUUUUAACUCUAGGUACAUACCAGGGCAGGCCAAGUGGCUAUUGUUGUUUUUGUGCCAACACUUUUUUUUAAAACUAAGAAAUUGUUUGAUUUGGUCAUUUGCUUAUAUGCUGAUCAUUAUAGCUUGAGAGAACAAAUACCUAGAUAUACAGGGUUGUAUCAUUGCAAUGUAUUAACAGAGUUUUAUUUGUUAACUAGGUUUUAUUUAAUCACAAAAAGAGGGAAUGAAAAGCCAAAAUGUGUUGUAGUGAAAUAUUUAGCUUGACUUUAUAUUCAUACAGUGCUAUUCUGGUCUUUUAGUUGUGUAGUUUUAUCGUUAACAACUUCGCUUCAAGUGCUGAGGUGUUCUCUCAAAUUCAUGUGCUUAUUCACAUAAUUAUACAAAAAUUUACAGAGUAAAUUAUACUGAUUUUGUGAGUGGAUUGUACAAAAGUUAAGAAAAUUAAUUAUACAAAAGUUUAGAAAAUUUAUUAUACAAAAAUUAAGAGUAAAUGAGACAAAAGUCUGGAGAGUAAAUUUUAAGUUCAGAUUUUGCCAGAAGUCUGUUCCUAAAAUUGUUAAAAUACAUGUAAAAAGCAGCUGUAAAAUAUUGUACAGUUUAUACUCGUUAACUUUCAUUAAUUGACUGUCUGUAUGCUUUUCUGUAAGGUGUAUUCAACAUGUGUACAUUUUUCAUGCCCAUUUUUAAAAUGUUUUAAAUGCAUAAAAUUUCCUCAUGGUACAUGUAGAUAAAGUAAUUUAUUGUCUGUGAAUUUGAAUGUUUUUUCCCCCUAAAAUUGUACAAAUUAUUUAAUUUUCAAGACUCCGAUAUUGAGUUGACAGUGAAAAUACUGUGAGAUCAUUGAUAUUUGUGGUGGACUGAAUUAUUUUGUGGAUUCCGUGGUUGUGUUUAUCCACAAAAUUGAAUGCCACUGAACAAACAAAAUUUUCAUUUAUUUUAUUGUCAGAGUUGAAAUCUUAGAAUACAUAUUACCAAAAAAUAGUGUGUUUUUUAUUGUCAAAACCUCAAAAUUCCAUGCACAUGAAAUUUAAUAUGACCAAAAACUUUUUAAGUUAAGAGUCAUUUAUUUCCUGCUACAAUUUUUGUUGGGAAAUUUUAAGAUAUUACAAAGGAAGUGUAAAU